AUGAAUCCUACCCUUGAACAGGACUCUGCUUCGCAACCAAUUCUCACUAAGAAUCAAUUGAAAAAUGAGGCUAAGCGUAAAGAAAAAAUGGAAAAGUAUUUGGCUAAGCAAGAAAAGCUAUCUCAGCUCCUUUCUACUGCUUCGGACAAAAAGCCUACAAGAUCUGAAUUGAAGAAAUCGUCGGCAUCAACAAAUACACCUGAGAUUAGUAUUAUGGAAGGAGAAUUUAAAGAUGUAUCUAGUUAUGAUAUGCCAUCUUCUUAUGAUCCAAAGUUUGUUGAGAAAAAUUGGUAUUCUUGGUGGGAAACAAAGGGAUUUUUCAAGCCAGAAAUGAUUUUGGAUAAAAACCCACAGGCUCCAAUUUACGUCAUUCCAAUCCCACCACCAAACGUCACUGGCUCGCUUCAUUUGGGGCAUGCAAUGGCCACCUCGAUCCAGGAUUCACUGGUUCGCUGGAAACGCAUGACCGGCCAUGCAGCACUGUAUAUUCCCGGAUGCGACCAUGCAGGAAUUUCAUGCCAGGUUGUUGUUGAAAAACAUUUAAAAAAAACUCGCAAUGUUACGCGCCACGAUCUUGGCCGCCUUGCGUUCGUGGGUGAGGUGUGGAAGUGGAAAGAUGCGUUUGGCGACAGGAUAUAUUCACAGUUAAAGAGGCUUGGUGGUUCCAUGGAUUGGAGCCGUGUCCGUUUCACAUUGGAUCAGUCAAUGAAUGAGGCGGUCACCGAGGCAUUUGUGAGGCUUUUUGAGCAGGGGAUUAUUUACCGAGAAAAUCGGAUUGUCAAUUGGUCUUCUGCUUUGCAAACGGCUGUUUCAGACUUGGAGGUUGACCAUCGUGAAGUCACCGGUCUUAUUCGCCUUGCUGCCUUUGGACACGAUCCCAAACGCACAUUUGAAUUUGGGUACAUCUAUUCAUUUGCAAUGAAAAUUCUUGAUUCUGAAUCCGAAUGUCCGACCGAAGAUGAAAUCAUUGUCUCAACAACACGCCCGGAAACAAUCCCGGGGGAUGUCGCCAUUGCGGUUAAUCCUGAGGAUCCGAAAUACACUCGAUUUCAUGGGAAAUUCGUACAGCACCCCAUCCACAAAACUAAAAUUCCGAUUAUUUGUGACUCGUACGCUGAUGUUUCGUUUGGAACGGGAGCUCUUAAAAUUACCCCAGCUCACGAUUCAAACGAUUUUGAAGUUUCUCAGCGUCACAAGUUACCUGUGAUUGUUAUUUUCGAUGCAAACAAUCGUCUGAAUGACAACGCCGGACCAAGGUUUUCUGGAAUGAUGCGAUUUGAAGCCAGAGAAGCUAUCAUUGAGUAUUUGGAAGCAGAAGGCCUCUAUCGCGGUCGUAAAGAGCAUUCAAUGGUCCUUCCCAUUUGUAACCGCUCUGGGGAUAUCAUCGAGCCUAGGAUUCUUCCCCAAUGGUGGAUGAAAUGCAAAGAUAUCGGUACCAAGGCUGCCAAUGCUGUUCGAUCUGCAGACCUUAAAAUCCUUCCUGUAGAGGCAGAGAAAAUAUGGUUUAAUUGGCUGGACAACUGCCGCGAUUGGUGUUUAUCUCGUCAGCUUUGGUGGGGCCACCGAGUUCCAGCCUAUUCUGUCAAAACGGCAGAUUCAUCUGGUGAUUCUGCAUUUGUCCACCAAAAGUGGAUUGCGGCUCGCUCAGAGCGCGAAGCUUUAGAAAUGGCUGUUCGAGAAUUCCCGGAUGCAAAGGAGGUCAAAGUCGAGCAAGACCCGGAUGUCUUGGACACUUGGUUUUCAUCUGCCUUGUGGCCUUUCGCGGCGCUUGGCUGGCCUAAUUGUUCAUCUGAAAAUUUGAUGAAAUUUUACCCUGCAAGCGUGCUUGAGACUGGCCGUGAUAUUAUCUUCUUCUGGGUUGCGAGAAUGGUGAUGAUGGGUAUUCACUUAACGGGCCAAGUUCCGUUUAAACUGGUUUAUUUGCAUUCAAUUGUCCGAGAUGCCCAUGGAAGGAAAAUGUCCAAAAGCUUGGGAAACGUGAUCGACCCAAUUGAUGUUAUUGAAGGCAUUUCGCUUGAAAAUCUUCAUCGUCGGUUGGAGGAGGGCAAUUUGGAUCCUGCCGAAGUAGCUUGUGCUCGUGCCUCUCAGAAGAAAGACUUUCCAAAAGGAAUCGAAGAAUGUGGUUCAGAUGCCCUUCGUUUUGUUCUCUUGGCUUAUACGAGCCAGGGCUCUGAUGUCAAUUUGGAUAUCCAGCGAGUAGCUGGCUACCGUCGUUUUUGCAAUAAGAUGUGGAAUUUCGCCAGGUUUGUGUUUGCCGCAGCAUCUUAUACCACUGGCGGUGCUUCUUCAACCCAUUCUCCUUCUUUUUUGAUCGAUGCAGUUAUGGGUUCAUGCUCUGUGGAACAGGCCACUUUGGCAUUUUCGCUUUUUGACAAAUGGAUUUUGUUUAGACUAUCAAAGACCAUUGCAGACAUCAAUGCAGCGCUUGCAGAAUUUAAUUUCAUGAAGGCAACGACGACAAUUUACUCUUUCAUUCUAUACGAUGUGUGCGAUCUCUAUGUGGAAACGCUCAAGCCUAUCCUUUCUGGGGCCUCUUGUUCUCAAAGAGACCUUUCCAUUUCGAUAUUGUUCCUGUUGCUCGACCAAUCUCUUAAAAUGCUGCAUCCGUUUAUGCCGUUUAUUACUGAGGAUCUUUGGCAGACAAUGCACAUCUCAAUCUUAAAAAACCAGGCCUCGCACGAGGAAUCGAUUUGCAUUUCUUCAUACCCAUCAUUAAAUGCCUUCCUUUCUGCAUUUGGAUCUUCAUUUUCGGAAUCAAAAGACCAUGUCGAGCGAAUCCAAGAAAUAGUGCAUGCAAGUCGCUCCAUAGCCAAUGAUUUGAACGAAAAGUCCAUCAUGAUUUCUUUUGAUUGCGAUGAUGCGGCCGAUGGCUUAUUGCUGAAGGAGAACUCGGCCAGUAUCUCGUCACUCAUCAAGGGAGUAAAGCGCAUCUCAAUUACCAACAAAUUUGAAGAACAGCGAGAUGCAAAUAUCAAUGACGAUAAUGUGAGAUCCACGAUUCUUGCUCAAUCUACUGAUUCCAAGCAUCCUUUCCCUAACAGCAUCAAGGUGACUGUUUCAAAAAUUUAG